GGCUGCAGCAGCACCGCUCCUCCGGUCCAGCACCAUGACUCCCGGACCCGGACCCGCAGUCUGAGCCGCGCCGACACACACCCACGCAAACACACACUCACACUCACACACACACAAACCCACGCACACACACACAGGCACAGGCAAACCCGCCAGCAUCCCAGCGAGCCGAGGACCAUCCACCGCGCCGCGGCUCCGCAGAGACGCAGGAGAGACGCGUCCCCGCUCGGGCACCCGCAACAACAUGUCCUCCUCGGGCAAGGAGGGCAACAGCGGGCACUACGCCAACUAUGUGGGACCGUACCGCCUGGAGAAGACGCUGGGCAAAGGACAGACAGGUCUGGUGAAGCUCGGCGUCCACUGCGUCACGUGUCAGAAAGUCGCCAUCAAGAUCGUCAACAGAGAAAAGCUCAGCGAGUCUGUCCUCAUGAAGGUGGAGCGGGAGAUAGCCAUCCUGAAACUCAUAGAGCAUCCCCACGUCCUAAAGCUGCACGACGUCUACGAAAAUAAGAAAUACCUGUACCUGGUGCUAGAACACGUCUCCGGCGGCGAGCUCUUCGACUACCUGGUGAAGAAGGGCCGGUUAACGCCCAAAGAGGCCCGGAAGUUCUUCAGACAGAUCAUCUCCGCCCUGGACUUCUGUCACAGCCACUCCAUAUGCCACAGAGAUUUGAAGCCCGAGAACUUGCUGUUAGACGAGAAGAACAACAUCAGGAUAGCUGACUUUGGCAUGGCGUCUCUGCAGGUCGGGGAAAGUCUGCUGGAGACCAGCUGCGGAUCUCCACACUACGCCUGCCCGGAGGUGAUCAGGGGCGAGAAGUACGAUGGGAGGAAAGCGGACGCGUGGAGCUGCGGAGUCAUCCUGUUUGCACUUUUAGUGGGCGCGCUGCCGUUCGACGACGACAACCUGAGGAACCUGCUGGAGAAGGUGAAGCUGGGAGUUUUCCACAUGCCUCACUUCAUCCCUCCGGACUGCCAGAACCUCCUGCGCGGCAUGAUCGAGGUGGACGCCGGCAAGAGGCUGACGUUGGAGCAGAUCCAGAAGCACACGUGGUACCUAGCCGGGAAGAACGAGCCGGAGCCGGAGCAGCCCGUCCCCAGGAAGGUGGCCAUCAGGAUGCUGGCGGCCGCCGAGGAGAUCGAUCCCGACGUCCUGGAGAGCAUGCACUCUCUGGGCUGCUUCAGAGACAAGGAGAAGCUGAGCAAAGACCUGCUGUCAGAGGAGGACAACCAGGAGAAGAUGAUCUACUUCCUGCUGCUGGAUCGGAAGGAGAGAUAUCCCAGCCACGAGGAUCAGAACCUGCCGCCACGCAACGAGAUUGCAGACCCGCCCAGGAAGCGCGUGGACUCGCCCAUGCUGAGCCGACACGGCAAGCGGAGGCCUGAGAGGAAGUCCAUGGAGGUGCUGACCGUCACGGAGGGAGGCUCUCCCGUACCGGUCCGGAGAGCCAUCGACAUGGCAACGCACGGUCAGAGCAAAUCCGUUUUCAGUAAAAGCUUGGAUAUCACAAACUCUAACUGCAGCAAGGAGGAAAGGUCGCGGUCGAUCAGCGGGGCGUCCUCCGGUCUGUCCACCAGUCCUCUCAGCAGUCCCAGGCCCAACCGGCGCUUCUUCGUCCCGCCCCAGUCCCCGAACCUGUGUCAGUCCCCCAACUGCAGCCCCACCCACUCCCCCGGGGUCCGCCUCAACGGGGUGGGGCCCCGGCCCCCCAACUCCUUCCACCCCAAGAUGGGGUCCCCCGUCAUGCACCCCCGCACGCAGACCCUCCCCGCCAAGCCCCGAAUGUCUGAGAAGCCCCUGCAGACCACCCGGUCCAACCCGCUCCCCAACACCGUGCAGGCGCCCGGCGCCCCCAAAUCUGAGCCCACCACCCCGUGCGCGCCCCUGGCCCCCUGCAUCCCCAACAGCCCCCGGGUGAGGCGCCACCCGCCCCUCACCGUCCCCCCCAAGCUGUCCAUCGCCCUGUCCCCGGUGCCCCCCAUGUCCCCCCUCCGCCGUCCCCACCUGCACCCUGACCACAACGGCAAAUGUGUCCCCACCACGCAGGUGACCCCCCACCCUUCCCCCAGAGGGAGCCCUCUCCCCACCCCCAAAGGCACGCCCGUGCACACGCCCAAGGACAGCCCGGCCGGCACGCCCAGCCCCACGCCGCCGCCCAGCCCCUCCAUCGGGGGGAUGCCCUGGAGGACGCGCCUCAACUCCAUCAAGAACAGCUUCCUGGGCUCGCCGCGCUUCCACCGCCGGAAAAUGCAAGUUCCCACCCAGGAGGACAUGUCCAGCCUCACCCCGGACUCGUCUCCAGAGCUGGCUAAGAAGUCGUGGUUCGGGAACUUCAUCAACCUGGAGAAGGAGGAGCAGAUCUUCAUCGUGAUCAGGGACAAACCGCUCAGUUCCAUCAAGGCCGACAUCGUCCACGCCUUCCUCUCCAUCCCCAGCCUGAGCCACAGCGUCAUCUCCCAGACCAGCUUCCGGGCCGAGUACAAGUCCACGGCCGGUCCCACGGUUUUCCAGAAGCCCGUCAAGUUCCAGGUGGACAUCACGUACACGGAGAGCACCGGCGCCACCAAGGAGAACGGCAUCUACUCGGUCACCUUCACCCUGCUCUCAGGACCCAGCCGGCGUUUCAAGCGCGUGGUGGAGACCAUCCAGACACAGCUGCUCAGCACCAGCGACCAGCCCGGCAUCCAGCCCCAGAUAUCUGGCAGCCCGUUGAGUAACUUCUUUGACGUAAUUAAACAGCUUUUUUCAGACGAGAAGAACCUCCAUCAGGCGUCCCACUCCCCCGGCGCCCCCUCCACGCCUAGCUCCCCCACCCAGCAUGCCCCCAGCACCAAGCCCAGCCAGCCCCCGCCCACUGACUCCAAAUGCCCCCCCGGCAAAGACAAAACAAAGACGGCGGCCGGCAGCAGGACGCAGGAGCAUCCUUGAGGAGCGGUAGCCGUGCAUGACUAGACAAAGAGCAGGAGUCAGGUCCUCGGAGGAGGAGAGCUGCUAACUUUGCCCUUUAGUUUCUCAAAGCCGAUAUAAAGAAAAUCCACUUUUUGCCUAUAAAUUUUGUACUCUAUAAUGGGAAUGGCUCUUUAAGUUUGAAGUGGAGUAUUUUCCAGUACGUAGCAGAUGUAGCUUUGCCGUCCCCACCUUGUGUCCCGCUCUGUGUCCCGGGGUGGGGUUUGGGGGGGGUUUCCGUGGGUGUUUGUCUUCCUCAGAUGUGUGAUGGCUUGACUUGUCUCUGCCACCAGGGAUCAUCCAUAAUAGCUAUUAACCUCGGCGGCUUCUCGACUGCAGCCUCCACCAGAGUCCGAAUCUGAGGACAAAGACAGCGGACCCCUUCCCUCUCGCAGCCCUCCUCUGAGUUUCUCUUUUUCUUCCCCCGGACCGCAUCAUUUAGUCCCCGUUUCGCCCCACAAACCAAACACGGAAGAGUUGUUAAAAAGAAACAAAAAAAAAAGCAAGCCUUAAGACAGUGAUGUUUGUCGAUCUACACCCCCCUCCUCCUCCUCCUCCUCUCUCUUUCUUCCACUCCUUCCACAUGUACAUACGAGACGUUAGACCACACAAACAUGACCCUUUACCGUGAGAAACGGCUCCGGGCCGAGGCCGGACGCCGGAGCGGUGGAAGAGAGCCGAGGCGGACGGAGAGAGAGACGAGCGCUGGCUGGAUUGUGGUUCUUUUAAACGUUGGUUUUCUUUGCAGACGCGGGGCGGCUGACGAGCGUCUGAUAACGAGCUCUGUCGGUCAGCGACUGUCCGGCGACGCCACACACACACGGGGGGAGCUGAUUAUAUGCGAAUGAAUGAAUGAUCUGUUCUGUUGUACAGACUAAAUACUGACCUGGAUGUACAUAAGUGUAGUUGUGACAUUGUGUUUCAGAGUUGUUGCUUUUGUUUUGUUUUGUUUUUGCGUACAGGCCCGGUCACACCGGCACCACGCUUUUACGGUGAGGUGAAAAUCACUGUGAGCGGAAGAUUUGCUCAUGAUUGUGGACUUGAGAGCCGUCAGAUAAACGCUCAGAAACUCACACCUCGUGGGGAGCCGUGCAGGUCCUGGUGGCCCCCAGACCCGCGGGGCUCUUGUUCCUGGUUCCUGGUGGUUCCAAGAACCAGGAACAAGAGCUGAGGACCUGAACAUGUAACAACUGCAAAAUUUGAAAAAAAAAAAUUCACGUUAAGAUGUCAGUUUCAGUUUUAUUUCUAGGGGAAAGAUGAUUUAAAAAAGUUGAGGUGAGGUCUUCAGGUUUCUCCCAGCUGGAUAUAAAGGCCGUCGGACCCCGUCAGGCGAGGCUGGUGCCUCAAGUCGGGGUGGUGUGUCCCGUGCAGUCGGUAUCGACCUUCAUUUUGGCCGAUUCGACAUGAAGAAUGUGUAAUAUGUAGAAUGGGCCACUAGCUGUCGGCUUCUAUGACCAAUCUGAUUGGUGGAGAGCUAACCCUUGACUAGGGAAUCAAAUGGCGCUUUUCCACUAAUACCUACUCAGCCCGACUAGACUCGCCUCGGUUUUGCACUUCUCCACUAGGGGUAUAAUGUGCCGAGUAGAUACUUUUUCUGUAUCUAUUCUGCCGAGGUUCUAAGCGGCUGAGUCGGCUGUAUCUGACAUCAUCACACUACAGGACACCGAUUGGUCGGGGGGUUGGAGUCAGACGUCUGAGUCAGGAUGUGACAUCAGUGAAAGAGACUCUGACGGAUUCUUGUUAAUUUUAUCCGACCAGCAACGGCAGCAGAAGUCUGUUUCAUGAUCCAACUCUGAGGGUCAGAUGUUCAUAAACCUGGUGCUGAGGAGAAAAUUAAAAAGGGAUCUAGACGGACGAUAAGGAACUACCAGAUCUACCAGGAGCUCUGUCUCUUCAUAGCUGCUCACGGCUCCAGCUGACUUUUCAGCAGCGCCAAGACGAAAUAAAAAACAUUAAAAAGCGUAGACGCUUGAAUCUUCUCUCAAUCUAAUUUUUUUAACUUGAUAUCAAACAUAAGCCACAGACCCAGCAGCACAUCUAUCAUCUCCUCCAGGUUCUACAUCUUUAGUGUUGUUGUCUUCUCUGUUUAGAUCAAACAAUCAAAUACGUCACAGCAGCUUCACUCCAACCUCCUACUCCUGAUCUGGGCAUUGAAAAGAAACGAGGGCAAGGCGAGUGGAGUCGGACUGAGUAGGUUCCAGUGGAAAAGUGCCAAAAGAUAACUGGAAAUGACGAUAGUAAACUUACUUGAUAAACAGCGAUAGCACAGAUGCUGAACUAAACUCAUCAUGGCAUCGGUUUGAUUCAGAAAUUUAGGUCAGGUUAAAAAAACAGAUAAUCUAAUUGAUUCCUUGUUGAUCACAAAUGUUUCUUGAUCUACUUCACUAUAAAAAUGUUGCGUUAAAUAAAAACUGAACUGAAACUAGCAAAGAAACUUCCACUUCAGAGGCUUCUCAUCGAUUAUUGACGAUGGUUGAAGUGAUCAGUGUGACCCUCCUCCGAUCUUUCUGAUCGAUUAUCGAUGACGGCUGGAGCGAUGGUUCCAGGUUCCGGUGUGACCCGCCGUCUUCUUUCUUAAUUUUGCACUUUUGGAUGUUGGUUUGGUUAAGUUACACCAUGUCAGUGUGUUUUUAAUUUUCAUAUUUCUUUUCUUGUUUCUGUUCAGGUUCUUUUGUAUUAUCUGCAGGUUUCAGACAAUAUUGAACUACUGUGUAUAUUUUUGUAUUUUAUUGUAUUUUGUCAUUUGUUAUUUAUCAGUUAUUUAUAUAAAAAGAUGUAGAGAAUGUUCUUAAUGUCAGCUAUUUAAGGAUAUUUUUGUCAUGUUUAAGUUAUUCUUACAAACCUGGAAGCAUUUGUGAACAUUGGUUCCUUUCCCUCUUUUUUUUUUGAAAAGAGAAACAUGUAAAAUACGUUUGAAAGUUUAUUUGUUGUAAUUUAAGAAUGUAGAUUAGCCUCUUUGAGAGGAACCAACCCUUUGUUGAUAACUGCCGGCUUCUCCUCUCAAACCCGUGCGUACGACGACCCAGAGAUCAACCAAACCAACACUCGUUCUGUAAAUAAGCCGAGUUUACUGACAAGCUUAUUUAAAAUAGCCGAGGGGAUUCCUACUCUUAGCUUUGACUUCGUACGGUUGUUUGCAUGUUCAGCAUUCGUCUUUUCUUUGCAUGUCGUUGUUGGAAUUGUUCUCCUGUUCCCUUUUUCUCUCUCCGCUGCUUUUAUGCAUUUUUUAAUUAAUUUAUUUUUUAUGUACUUUCGCUUUACUUGCCUUCAGAUUUCGUUUGUAAUUUGAUUUGCUCGGCCGGCCUCCCCCUCUCCCUCCCCCUCUCCUUUGAUUACUGCGCAGCCACAGUAACCGUGCGAUGCAUCCUCCUCACUCCUUCUCUCAGAGGAACCUCGCUGGCGAUGGGGUCGCCCGCUCACACCAGCUGGGUGGGUGGCGGGUUAUCAGAGAGACAAAUUAAAGCAAUACCUUUCAUCGUUCGCUUUCCUGUUUUUGUACUGUGGGAAUCCAGAGCACACAGAAUGGACUUGGAGCAGGAUAACCACUGGCAAUGUACUCCCUUGUGAUGUUACUGUGAACAACUUCAGUGCUAAAAGGAAUAAAUCUGUUGACUUUGGACUGGCUCGUGUGACG